AUGGGGCUGGCAGGACAAGUUUCCCCAUCAAGCUGCCCUCCUGAUGUGGGCCUAUGACUCCCUAGCAACCAAGAAAUGCAUGGAAAGAUGGCUUCUCUGAAGAGCCUUGUGGCCUGCACCAAGAAACUAGACAGGAUUCAGGAGCCCCCAGACUACAGUGCGCCAGAAGGCUUGAAGGGUGAAGAGAUAAAGAAGUGCGGCCGAGAAGGGACCUAGCUUAGUAAAUACAACCAGCAGUACCACAAGCUGUUUAAGGACAUCCCUUUGGAGGAGGUGGUUCUCAAAGUGUGCUCCUGUGCCCUCCAGAGGGACCUCCUUCUCCAGGGACGGCUCUACAUUUCCUCCAAUUGGCUCUGUUUCCAUGCCAGCCUCUUUGGCAAGGAUUUCAAGGUGGUCAUUCCUGUAGUAUCUGUGCAAAUGAUCAAAAAACACAAGAUGGCACGACUUCUUCCCAAUGGGCUGGCCAUUACCACCACCACCAGCCAGAAGUAUGUCUUUGUGUCGAUGCUCUCCCGGGACAGUGUAUAUGACAUGCUGAGAAGGGUCUGCACCCACCUACAGCCUUCCAGUAAGAAGAGUCUGAGUAUGAGACAGUUUCCAGAGGAACCUGAGUGCGAGUCUCUGGAAGUCCUCAUUCCCGAGAUGAAGUGGAGAAAAGUGUGCCAUGCUUCCAGAUCCCUGUCCCUCCCAGACAACAUCCCUUGUAUUGCUCGGGCAUCCAUGGAUUCCACAGACAGCUUCUUUCCCUCUAGGAAGCCUCCAGUGUCUGAGGAUGCUGUCUGCGAGGAGGACAUGCUGGAAGAGGUGCCCAAGAGUGAUGGGGAGCUGAGGCUCUGGGAUUACCGGAUCCUUAAGGUCUUCUUUGUGCUGAUUUGCUUCCUGGUCAUGUCCUCAUCCUACCUGGCAUUCCGCAUCUCUCAGCUGGAACAGCAGUUAUGCUCCUUGAACUGGGAUGGCCCAGUCCCUGGGCACAGGUGA